AUCUGCUUCCUGCUAAGCCUAGAGGAGGCGGGUAAUCUCGGAAACAAAGAAACAUCGGGCCGUCGCUUAUAAAACGGCGUCGCGGUGCCUUAAACCAAAACACUUUUGAUUGAACCGUAUACCGACGACUCACGCGAGAAUCGCACUCGAAAGUGAAAUCACAACAAACGCAUCACGGCCUACUGCGAUUUAAGUUUUGUCUUUGACAAAAGAAAAAAAAAACGCGAUUUCAGUUCGAGUUUUGACAUAGUGGUUAACAAACUUUUGGAUAUUUUUUGCUUCCAAGGAUUUUACUACUUGAAUAAAGAUGCGUCCUCCAGCUCAAUAUGACGGUCAAGUGGCCAAUGAAGCUGAAGCCGAAGCUGAACAACCCGAUCCUAGAAUGGUGGCUAUGAUGAUCAGCACCAGGAUGGCAGGACGGGCUGUUAUAAGGGUAGUUGGAAGGUGUGAAGAAGCUCAAGAGAAUCAAGAAUUAGAUCUCUCAAAUUGCCAGUUAAUGCAAGUUCCAGACGCCGUUUAUCAUUUGAUGAGGCACACCGAACUCAAAACCUGUGAUCUUAGCGAAAAUGUAAUUACGAAAAUUCCUCCUAAAUUUGCAAUUAAAUUUAAUCUUCUUACAGACUUGAAUUUGGCCCGCAACCGCAUGGCUAAUCUCCCGGACGAAUGUGCCGAAAUGAAAAACUUGGAAAGACUGGAUAUUGCUCAGAACAGUUUCACUUCGUUGCCACCUUGUACAUUGAGAAUGCCUAAAUUGAGGUCCCUUAAAGCUAGUGAUAAUAAUAUAAUCGAUGUAGAAAUCGAAUAUCUAUCAGAAGCCCCAGCGCUUGAAAGUAUAGACUUGGAACGGAACCCGUUGGCACCACGGAUCCACGAUCAACUAUCCAGGAUCACAAAAGUCAAUGUUACGUUAUCGCCAAGACAAACAGAAGACUGGGAAGAUCUCACCAUUUGAGAUUGCUGUGAUUGAUGUAUUGUCACUAGAUCUCCUUGAAUUGAUUGUGAGAAUUUUUUGCAAUAAUUAGGAAAGGAAUUUGGAAUCCUUAACUAUUUUUUAAUUAUUGCAAUUUUAGUAUUACUUAUUUAAGUACUCUUGCUGUAAAUUUACAUACAACAAGGUGGCCGAGUUUAUAUUGUAUAGUGUUAGUUUUUUACUUACUAAUAUUUUGUACUUAAUUUUAAGUACUGAUGACUUAUAAUAAGGAAGUUUACUGCACUUAUUUUCAAAGCAAUGCUUUAUUUGUAAACUUUCCUUUUGUGUGACGUUUUAUAUUAAUUAAUUUAUAUCCUGGAAAAGUUACCUUAUAUUUAGAUUUUAGACGAAAGAUGUUCUAGCGACUUUUUCUUAACUUUGGUAAGCCAACUUCAGGUAUUCAAAAAUUUAGUGAAGCUUUUUAUACAUGUUUAAGGCUUACCAAAGUUUAAAUGGUUAAUUCAAACUAGAAUAUUUUGUUGAAGUUUCCCUUCCACGAACUUUGGCUUUUUCAUCUAGUCAAAUUUGUGAUAUAUGUACAUAUUAUAUUAUAUUAUGUAAGAAGGUAGUCUUGGCCGACUAGUUAACAAACAAUCUUCUAAUUUUGUUGGGGGAUAAAUCGAAACAUGACUCUUGGACCAAGCUUUCGGAAAUCUUGAUUUUGUUUUUAGAAGCUACAAUUUGAAAAUGAAGGCUAUCAUAAGUAACAAUUAUAGAUGUUGUACAAUUACUCCUUAAAUGCAAAGUGAGUUAUAAUUCUAACAUAAUAUCUAUAUUCUUUUCACAUUUGUUAACUUCAUCAAAUGAUGUAGUCGCCUUUAUAAAGCUUGGUCCAGUAAAAAAAAGGGGGUCAUUCUAAGAUUUUUGCUCUUCAUCAUGGCCGCUACCCCAACAAACAUAAAAGAUUGUUCAUAUUAUAUUACGUGGAUGUUUAAGCAUCCUUUGUGUUUAUAGUAAUGUAGAAUGUAGAAGAAAACAAUUUGAAUAAAUUAAUUUUGAAUAUUUUAA